UAUUAUUAAUGAAGAAUACAUAUUUCUUGAUUUAGCUCUCCAAAACCACAAUUUUUUGUCUUUUUUUUUUUUUGGAUUAGAGCAUCUCUCCAGACCAGGCAAAGCGAUUUACAAAAUUAAGAGGGAGGAAAGGCCUUAUUGACAAGGAUGUGGUGAGGACUGACAGAUCGCUGUUAUUUUACGACGGGGAUGACAAUCCUAAUGUGUAUGUUAUGCGAGAUAUACUGUUGACAUACUCGUUUUACAACUUUGAUCUUGGGUACUGUCAGGGUAUGAAUCUUGUACGUGAUGAGAAACGAAUCUGAAUCUUUUUGGUGCUUUGUUCACCUUAUGGAACGUCUUGGUCCUAAUUUUAAUCGUGAUCAAAGUGGGAUGCGCUCUCAACUUUUUGCUUUAUCGAAGCUGGUUGAGUUGCUAGACAGCCCGUUGCACAACUAUUUCGAACAGAAUAAUUGCCUGAACUAUUUCUUCUGUUUCCGCUGGCUACUGAUACAGUUCAAGAGGCAAGUGUAACUGCCCCCUAUGUGUAUUUUGAUGAGUGAAUGACGAUCCCCAUGGUUUUCUUGUAGGGAGUUUGAAUACGACAAGACAAUGCGCAUAUGGGAAGUUCUGUGGACUCACCAUCUGAGCGAACACCUGCUCCUAUAUGUCUGCGUUGCCAUUCUCAGGAGAUAUCGUGCGAAGAUUAUGGAGGAGCAGAUGGAUUUUGACACUCUCCUAAAAUUAAUCAAUGAAUUGAGUGGUCAGAUCGACCCUAAGAGAAGCUGAAGCCGUGUGUAUAUGUGCCGGUGAGAAUGGCGCUGCUUGUAUCCCUCCUGGAACCCCAUCUUCUCUACCAGUCGAAGAUGGCUCGCUAUAUCCCCAGCUUGACGAUGAAAUCUUGUAGAUGAUUCGUGGGAUUUAUGGCUCAGUAAUGUCUAACGUGGUGGUUGUCGACAACGGCGGAGGGCUGAUCAAAGCUGGCAUCGGCGGCGAGCGCGACCCCGCCUGCGUGGUACCGAACUGCACCGCCCGCCCCUCCUCCUCCAAAAAAUGGCUCCUCGCCGACCAGCUCCUCUCCCCCUCGGAAGACCUAACCUCCGCCACCCUCCGCCGCCCCAUGGACCGCGGCCACCUCAUCAAUCCCGACCUCCAGUCCUCUCUCUGGGCCCACCUCUUCACCAAUCUCCUCAAAAUCAACCCCUCCGCCUCCUCCCUCCUCCUCACCGAGCCGCUCUUCACGCUCCCCUCGAUCCGCCGCGCCGUCGACGAGAUCAUCUUCGAGGACUUCAAUUUCCGCGCGCUCUUCGUCGCCGACUCCCCGUCGCUCGUCCCUCUCUACGAGGCGUCGCGUCGCCCCUCCGCCCUGCUGUCGAGGGCGCGGUGCAGCCUCGUCGUCGACUGCGGGUUCAGCUUCACGCACGUGGCGCCGGUGCUGCAGAAUUUCACGCUCAAUUACGGGGUGAAGAGGCUGGAUCUCGGCGGGAAGGCGCUCACCAAUUACCUCAAGGAGCUCGUCAGCUACAGGAGCGUGAAUGUGAUGGAUGAGAGCUUCAUUAUGGAUGAUGUCAAGGAGAAGCUCUGUUUUGUCUCCCUUGAUGUCCACAGGGACCUCAACAUUGCAAGGAGACCUGGAAAAAACAAUUUGUUUAGGUGUAGUUAUGUGCUUCCAGAUGGCAUUACUCAUAUGAAGGGAUUUGUGAAAGAUGUUGAUGAAACAAAGCGAUACUUAGCCUUGGAUGAAAAUGAAGCCCCUUCUUCCCCUGAAGAAGGAAAGGAUUAUGUCGACCUACAGGAUGGUAGUGACAACCCCCAGCACAAAAGAAGCACUGACCUAACAAAUACUGAAUUUUCCUUGACGAAUGAGCGGUUCCUCGUCCCAGAGAUGAUAUUUCGACCAGCUGAUUUGGGAAUGAACCAGGCCGGACUUGCGGAAUGCAUUGUUCGAGCAGUUAAUUCGUGUCAUCCUCAUCUUCACCCUGUGUUAUAUGAGAGUAUCAUUUUGACUGGUGGAACCACAUUAUUCCCUCGAUUUUCCCAAAGAUUAGAGAAGGAGCUCCGGCCUUUAGUCCCAAUUGAAUAUGAAGUGAAGAUCACUACUCAAGAAGAUCCAAUAUUAGGUGUUUGGAGAGGGGGGUCACUCUUGGCAUCUAGUCCUGAUUUUGAAUCAAUGUGUGUCACAAAGGCUGAGUACGAGGAGCUGGGAUCCGCUAGGUGUCACAGGAGAUUCUUUCACUAGCUUAAAGAUCAUUAAGGUUAUCCCUACAGUUUUUUUCUUUGCAACUCUCCUUCUCUUGGUUGACUAAAUAAGUGAACUUUACACUGUUAUAUAAGUAAGAACUGCAUGUUAUUUUACCAAUAAUGAAAUGAAAAAUGCCCUUACUUGACUCACCCUGCUUAUUAGACAUGUUUUAUUAGAAUCUCAGCAAUGGAAAUAGAUUGGAUAUGCAAAAAAUGUGGCUCCAUUAAAUUUCUCAUAGCUUAGACUCCGUGUCAUUCUAAGUCUACAUUAGGGAUGAACAUUAAUGUUGCAUUACCUUUAAAUAUCUGAUUUGUCAGUGAUAGCCAAACAUGGGUUUGAAGCUAGUAGACUCCAAUAGCAUGUUGGAGGAUGGAGUUAACAAUCACACCCUCGUGUUUGGUUGAAGAGAUUCAUAUCCCGAGAUUGUAACACCUCUGUUUGGUUUGGGUUGCAUAAAGUAUAGAUAGGCAAUACGGAAUGACGGUUGUGUCCUCAAAUAUUUGUUAAAAAUCCCAAUUUGCCCUCGUCAUCCCUAAAUUGGGGCUGCCAAUUUAAUACUCGUCAAACCCUAGCUCCCGCCCACGCAAUUGAUUCCGAAGGACUUCUCAAUCACCUUGUGGAAUCGACGACGGCGAACGAAGGUUGAAGCUCCACCGCAGGUCUGUUUAUUCGGUUAUCAGAAGUAGUUAGGCUGUUUUGCGUAUGUGACUGUUGCUACCAAUCUGUGUUACGUAUUAUUUGAUGAACAUUGAUGCCGGCGAAAGUGAAGAUCAUGGUUUCGCCGUUUCGGUAUUGUGUCAACCUACAUCCAUACAUUUAGAUGGUUUAUUGUGUUUGUUAUUUGCUUUCUUUGUUGCAUAUAAAACCAGGAAAUAAGUAUCACAAUUGCUUCAUCCUAUGGCAUCUCAACACCGAAGCGUUAAUGACUAUGACGGGAGUCCAUUACCAGAGGGUAGCUCAGAUAUGGUUCCCAACAAAGGGGUAAUAGCAGCUGCAGGUGCAGGUGCAAGACGUUGUUGGACAGAACGUGAGGAGACUAUUCUUAUGUCAGCCAUGAAAGAGUUGGCUGCAACCGGUUGGAAGUCCGAUAAUGGGUUUCGUUCAGGUUAUCUAACUCGUGCUCUGGAGGCACUUAAACGUGAAUUUCCAAAAACUGAUAUUUGUGUUCACCCUCACAUCAAGUCAAAAAUCACCACCUGGAAAAAGAAUUACUACUCUCUAAUGCAAAUACUUGACCGUAGUGGAGUUGGUUUCAAUGCGGAUGGUGACUUCAAGAUAGACAUCGAUGAUGAACAAUGGACAUAAGUUGUGAAGAAAGACAGCAAUGCCAAGUACAUGAGGAAUAAGUCGUGGCCAAUGUUCAAUGACUGGAAGGAGAUUUUCGGCAAGGACCGUGCAGAUGGGCUUAAGAGAAUGGACACCGGGGAGGCUGUUCAAAAGAUAUAUGGUUCUAAGGCUGAUGUUGGUUCAAGUUCAGCCAACUCUUCACCAAUUACCUUAGAUGAACUAUUCCCAGAUGAAGUUUUUACUGGAGGUGUAGUGCCUGAGAUGGUAGAUGAGAGCACCUCGACCCCGGCACCAGCGAGACUACCUGCGAGGGUACCAACCAAAUUGUAUCCAAAAAAGAGGAAGACCGAGGACAAGAUGGACAAUGUCCUUGCUUUGAUGAAUCGCAUCCAUGAAGACACCAAUGAGCGGCUGAAGGACAUAUCUAACUGAAUUGGUUAUGAGUUUGAUUUAAGCACAAAGAGAACCGAGGUCUUCAACCAGCUGAAAGGCAUGGCCGAGCUCACCAUCAAACAACAGUUUUAUGCGGCAAAGAAGUUAGUAAAGGAGCCAGAGCUAAUGGAUCUGUUUAGGGGAUUGGAUGAAUGGGCACAGCUGGCGUUUGUGCUUGAUCUCCUGGAGACGGAUGGAAUGAUUUGAAAUUGGUGAAGUAUGUGGCUUUUGUAUGUAUUUUGUUAACUAUCGGGGUUAUAACUUUACGCCUGUGUAUGUUUAUUACGGCGCAUGCAUCGGUUUGCAAUAUGGCAACUAAUUUUUUUGGCUUGUGACUUUGGGAUGCAUAGCCAUAUUUUGUAUUAUGGAUUAUGACUGUUAUCACUCCAGCAGAUGAGAAGGUAUUUCGCAUAUAAGGUGCACUUGUUCAUGUUAGCUGCUUCGAAUCA